UUGCCACCACUACUAUUACUACCACCACCUUUACUAAUGCCCUUACUACUGCUUGGUACUAUUGCUGUUUAAGAAAAUCAGAGCUAGCCAAGCCAGUUACUAGCUGUGAAACUGGAAAUCUACAACCAACCAGGACCUUCCGCACUCACUCUCUUCUCAUAGUUGCUUGUUACUGUUUGUUAUAUGGCACGUAUACUCAUACAAACACAUACAUACACAGAAUUAUCUGUGUACACACAACUCAUCAUCUCUUUAUGUCCAAUUGGAACACAACACAGUCUACGAAUCUAAGGUUCCAACCCGGGCCACAGCAACGAAGUCCACACUUCUCGGUUCAUCAUCACUGCCUCAAGAUCUUGGAUACAUUCCAGGCCAGGCCAGUGUCUGCAAUUAAGUUGUCGAUGUACUUCGCAAAGGAGACCUUUCAUUUUCCGUAGUUUCCCAUCCAACAUUACCGAAAAUUUACACAGUCUAGGAAAUUAAAUUUCAGUGUUGUUGCUGCUCUGAACGUCUUUGGUAUUCACCAAGGUCUUUUUAGACAUGAUUGCAUCUUCAUAUGACUAUUCAAAGUGUAAAACAUUUCUCUUUAUGGCCUUGUAAACAACUUUCUCAACAUUCUUGUUGCCAUUUCGCUUAUCUGUCUUCUGUUAUUGAUGAAUUCCUGUUGCCAUGUUUCCAUUGGCUUGCACAAGUGGCAGCAUUAUUGGUUCCAGUUACAAACUCAAACGAAUCACUACAAAAUUGUUCAUCUUUUUACAAUCUUGUGCAAUAUCUACAUGGUAUUGCACAUGAACACCUGAUCCUUCAGGUUCUGUAUAGUCCUGUGCUGUAUCUUACAAUUUGGAUAACGAAAUUACAAAGAUCUGGAGAACACCUUCGAUAUGAUGUUUACUCUUUAACUGCUGAAGUUAGCCGACAUGUUAGCUGUGCUUUGAAGGAGUCUGUAUGUGGCCAUAAUUCUGACAGAUCUCCUUUAUCAGUGAUGGCUGUUGAAACUUCUACCAUCCGGGGGCCUUUUAAUAGUGUCCUAAACUCUGCCCGUCCCACUGUCUGUAUCAAACGUCUUAGUGAGUGUUUUGAUGAGUGGCAACUAUCAGAGGGCAUACACAAGAAACUGACCCGUGUGCCCUGUAAGACCUCACCCAAACAAUUGACUUGUAAACGAGUUGUUAAAAAAUACUCCCAGUUGAAAAAGUCUCCAAGCACUGAAUUUAAACGGAAGUUGUUUGUGUAUUCUGCUGACUCACCUGAACAAUCGCCCACUCCUUUCUCUGUGACGCAAUCCAGCGACAGCAUACUUGACAAUACACUGAAAGAAAAAUUACUGAAUGGACACAUGGAGGAAGACCAUUCUUCCGUGGAAGUUAGCCAUGAUGAAUGUAAUGAUAACUCAACACACUCUAUAUCUGCAGAAAACCUCAACUCAGCAAAUAGUAAGUCACUACAACAACUUGCCUGCAGCCUUGUUAGGCGAAAGUAUGUUCGCUUUUGGCGUAAACCUCUUGAAUGUCCUGUGUCUACUGGAUCCACUGGGGAACGUCGCAUUCUGAAAAAUGUGCGAUUGUGCGAUGUUUUCAAGCCAGGUUCUGAUAAAUGUCAACAUGGUCAAUUACCUGAAAACUUAAUUAUUCCUGAUUCUUGUUCUAAAAAAUCUUCUUGCACCAAUAAUAAUAAUAAUAAUUCCAUUUCUGAAAAUGAACAUUGCAUUCCUGAAAACCAACAAUCUGGUGAUGUUCAUUGGAAGUCCGAAGAAAAAAAUAUAUUCUCUCUGUUUAAGAACUCAGAGACUGUAAAAAACCGUCUAAACACUUCUGUUGCGAAUGAAAAACAUGACGUUGCCUCUAGUGAAUCCUCAGUUGACCCUAGUAAAAAAUGUCCAAAGACCACCACAGGUAGCCUUUUAUUGCAUCAAGAGAAGGUAGCAAAUUCAACUGACUCUAAGAUCUGUGUCAACUUGGCUGACCAGUCCAUUGAUUGCUUAAAGCAUAGUAUGUACUCUGAAACACUUAAAUCCGAGUUAGAUAGCGACCCUGUUGGUAAUUCUUAUGACAAGAACUCCCAUCAGGGUUGUUUUUCUGAAGACUCUGCCUUUAGCAGUGGCAGCAACUGUAGUGUUGACCCCCUAGAACACGUAAACAAAAUUACUAAAGUGCAAGAGACACGACGCAAGGCCAAUAAACGACCGUCUUAUACCUAUAACUAUUUUACCAACUGCGAACAGGAAGGUCCUCGGAUACGGCGAAGGCGUAUGUGUCCAUGCUGUAUGUCUUCGUCACCAGAGAAAAAGAGGCGGCGGCGAUCACGGUCGUGUGCUUAUAAGUUGCCUGGUAACUCCCAGCCUUUUGUUCAGAAUACAUUAAGACUAAUCUCAUUGCGUAACAAGUUACAUUUGCUGUUUUCAGUAUUAUUUCCAAAACUGUAUCCAUUUCUGGAGUCUAUUCGAACUGACUCAGAGGAUGUGGACGUUUUAAUCAGUGAAGCUAUUUCUCUGGUGGAGACAGGUAAACCAGUGUCAUCUGAAAAAACUUCAUUACCUCUGUCAUCUUCAUCAUUAUCAUCAUCAUCAUCUUCUUCGUCGUCGUCUUCAUCGUCAUCAUCAUUACCCACUUCUUUAUGUUCCAUGGGUGCAGACAAUACCAGUGUGGAUAAAAUAAACAUUAAUACCUUACAGGGUCAAGCCAUGUUGCUGGACAUGAAAGUAAGUUUGUGUAAGUCACCAGAGAAGUGUCUCUUAUCCUUGCAGCAAAAGACAAUGACCUUUCUCAAAGUGUUGCUACCCAACGUCCCAUUUCACCAGGAAGUUUUUCAUCAGAUAUCUUCUGAGCACCUUGAAUAUAUGCUUGAUCUUAUUGUUAGCAGCAACCAAGGCACAGCACCUUCAAAUCUUUGAUAAACUUCAACAUUCUUGAUGACUGUGAUAUAUGCAUUUAUUUUUAUUUCACUUUCGUUUUUUUUUUUUUAUUUUUCUUUUUUUUUUCAUUUCAUUCUUCUGUUUUCUUUCACAUUGUUAGUUCAAAUGAAGCAAAAAACAAGCAAACACAAAACAUUAUUUUUGGCAGUAUUUUUUACCUGAAGAAAAACUUACCUCAUUUGUCUCUAGAGAAAAAAAAAUCUCUCUUUCUCUCUCUUUUCCUUCUUACUCCCUUUUUUUCCCCCCUCUUUCUGCAUCCUUAUAUCUUCCCUAUCUCUCUUUGUUUUGUUUCCCUCUUCCUGUUCUAUUAUUACUUUUGUAAUUGUAGAAAAGAAAGAGGGAUGGAACGGAGAGACACUUCCCAUCAAUUAGUGUAUUUGUAGUUCUAUCAGGGAUGUUAGCGUAGCAUAUUCAACGAGUAACUGGGGAUAAUUGACAUUUUUAGAUAACAAACAAACAAGGUAAAGCUGGUUCACUUGUGCUUGGUUAUGUUUUUUUUUAAACCCAUUUGUUUUGUAUGUCGUCGAAGUAUUUUAUCUCUGAAAGGCUAUAAUAAACCCAAAAGAGGACUAUUAAAAUAAUAAAAUAAAA